UACAACAUCAACGGCUGUGUGGCGCGAUGCUACGUGUGUUGAUCAAAGAAAUAAUUCUUAGUUUAGGAAGAAUUGAUAAUAGAAAUGCAUUACAAACGUGUUACUCAAGUUCGAGUGAAUUAAUGUUUGUAACGAUACAAGUGUUGUAAAAUUCAAAUAGUUGAUAGGAAAUCAUCGUGAAUCCAUUUGUGUGGUUUGUAUACAUGACAAGAUACAUAUUUCUAAAAAGUUCUACGUCAAUUUGAAGAUGACUACAUCGUUAUCGUUACUGGCGAGCCACGAUGAAGUGGUUCGAUGUAUGAAUGUACAUUUGAACGGAGCUUGCGAAGAAGAAUUUUUAAAAUUUGCUAUAAAUCAAGAGGAAAUGAGACAGAAAUGGUUAGCAUCUGUACAAGAGUGUCAACGUCUUCAUUCAGCUUUAGAAAAAGCUCAUCAAGAAGCAGCUGAUUUAGAUAGAAAAUUAAGUCAUGCUAGAAGACUUCUAGAUGAAGAGAAAAGAAGGAGACGCGCUGUUGAAGAACAAAGGAAUUCGUUGGAAAGACAAAUUGCUUUAGCUAGAGAUCUUUUAUUUAAUGACGGAGGAAGAAAUUUAAAUGAUGAAACCCGUGAAAAAUUACAAUUUUUAAAUAAUACUACGUUAAAUGGCCGUCAUAGUAAAAUACAUGUUAAGGAUGUACAUCAAAAUGACAAAUUGAAUACUAUAGCGGAGCUGGACUCCACUGGCUCUAUUUUAAGUGACUUAAGUUGCUUUUCAAAGUCAGAAGACGAUUUAGAUAUUAGUGCAAUGAUUCAACAAAAUCAAAAGAAACGCGAAUGGAAAGAACACAGACCAAGUGGUGAAUAUUCCACAAAGAAGCGACGUAGUACAGUACGAAAAUCUGCGGAAUUAAAUUCAUCUGAUAGAAUAGUAGCUACAACUACGGUAACAAUGCCAAAGGAUGGCAAUAUCACUGCAUCUUCUGUAAUCGAAGCUAUACCAGGGGAUGAGAAUGUAGAUCCACGAGGACCUUUACAUAAUUCGCAUAAAAGACGGAAAAGUGGCGAUCGUAGUAAAUCAAAGUUAGCUUCUGUUGAUAUAAAUGAAAUUCAAAUUGAUACUGCUCCUUCUGCACCAAAAAUAGAAGCUCUCACAUCAGGAUCAGAUUCGGAGGGUGUUUUUAAACCUAGCCCAAACAUAGGUGGAUAUACUUUAAACGCAAAAUCAGCUAGAGGACAUAGCUUUAUAGCAAAAACUGUAAUUAAACCAGAAGUUUGUACACCAUGUGACAAGAGAAUUCGAUUUGGAAAAGUAGCUUUGAAAUGUAAAGACUGUAGAGCUACAGCUCAUACGGAGUGUAAAGACUUGGUUCCAUUACCAUGUAUACCUACUGGAAAUACGCCUACAUUACGUGGAACAUCAGGGACAAUAGCAGAUUAUACACCCAUGAUUCCACCAAUGGUACCAUCAUUAGUUGUUCAUUGUAUCAAUGAAAUAGAAUUGAGAGGAAUGAGCGAACAGGGAUUGUACAGAGUAAAUGGUGGUUUAACAGAGGUGAAAUGUUUAAAAGAGAAAUUCCUUAAAGGCAAAGGUGCUCCCAAUCUGUCUGAUGUUGAUAUACCUACCAUAUGUUCUACCCUUAAAGAUUUCCUUAGAUCGUUGCGAGAGCCGUUAAUCACUGUUGGAUUAUGGGCUGACUUCGUUCGCGCAACUAAUAUUACUGAUAAACAAGAUGCAGAUGCUGCUUUAUACCAAGCAAUUUCAGAAUUACCUCAACCUAACAGAGAUACACUUGCCUUUCUAAUUUUGCAUUUACAAAGAGUAUCAGGUAGUCCAGAAUGUAAAAUGCCAAUAAGUAAUUUAGCUAAAGUUUUUGGACCUACUUUGGUGGGUUAUAGUUGCCAGAAACCAUCACCCACUUCUCUUCUUUCUGAGACAAGUAAUCAAGUUGCUAUAGUGGAAAGUUUGUUAAAAAUUCCAUCAGAUUAUUGGGCAAAUUUCGUUAAUCCUGAAAAUCUAAAUAAUAUUGGUACUCAUAAAACCAGAGAAUUACAACAUACACCAUCUCAAGAAUCUUUACUUAAACGUAGUAUUUCCCGUGGCUUCUUUAAUACUCCACUUGCUUCUAGGUUUGUAUCUUACUUUAUUUUUUGCUUAAACUCAAUUAUUCAUAUUCAAAUAUAUUGUUGCAGUCGGACAUUUAUGAGAAAAAAUAAGAAAUACUUCGCAUCUCCCUCUAGGGUAGCUUUCUAACAAAGAUAGGUAUGUAGUUAUACUUACAUCAAGGUACAAAUAAUUUCUUAAUAAUUGUUAACUAUGUAAUAACGUAAAUAAUUAAUAUUUUUUCAAUAUGUAACAUGAUUUUUCUAUAUUAUGUUUAAAAUUUUAUAAUAUUUUGAUAUAAAAUAUAUUUUUAUGAUACGGAAUAAUAUUAGGACGUUAGAAAUACAAUAUUGGAGAUUUGUAAAAUGUUAAUAAUAUAUUACGUUAAAUAUUCUAUAACAAUUUUGAAUAUGUAAGUAUAUUAAUGUAAUCUUAAUAUUUUUCGAAAUUGGAACUAAAAUAUAAAAAAAUUAAAUAAAUUUGACAGUUUUGUUAAUAUAAUAAUAUUUGUAAAAAUGUUCAGUUCAGUAAAAACACAAAUUAUUUUAUAUCAAUAUGGCUUCAUUUUCUUUUUCUUGCAAGUGCAUAAAUAUUAGUAACAAAAAUUAUAAAUUUAUUAUGACAAUAGAUGCCUUAUGCAAACUAA